AUGGGACAGCGUGGUGAAGAUGCACCGGACGAAAAUAAGACCGAGGACCAGUAUAACGCCGCUCAGGAGCACCAAGAAAAGCCCAAUGUCGAUCAGGGUGAAGGUGAAAAGGGAAAGGUCAAAGCUCAAUUUACUGAAGAACCACUGCCGAAAGGGCCUUGGGGAGAUCGUGGAGUUACACACCGCAAUGCAGGAUUGUAUAAAGUCCCCGAGAAGUCCUCCACUCUCAACGUCCGUAUCAACUUAGAUCUGAGAGCCGACGUCGCUUUAGAGCUACACGCAGUUGUGCAGGGAUCUGUUAUCAUCGGCUUAUUCUAA